AUGGGUAAAGUUCUUAAUAAUAAACUAAAACAGUUUGUAAAAAAAUCAAAAACUAAACAGAAAUUAAUUGAAAAAAUAUUGGGUCAUGAUCCUGAUUAUGCAAUAACAAAUCUUAAUAAUAUAGAAAGACUUGCUGAUAUUGUAUACAAUAUUGAUGGUUCAAAAAUAAAAAAAUGUAGAAAAAAAAAUAAACAAGAAAAGAAAGAGAUAAAAGAAAAAAAACCAACAAAAUAUCAACAAUUCAUAAAAAAUAAUUAUGAUAAAGUGGCAUCAAAACAUGAAAAUAAUAUAGAGACAAUAAAAGCAAUUGCAAAGAUGUGGAAAAUAAGUCCUAAAAAUCUGAAGAAUGGAUCAGGGUUUUCAGAAACUAUAUAA